CGCGCAUUCCAAGUCCAGUUUAUACUUCAUCCUAGAGUGCAGUGAAGUGUCAACUGUCAAGUUUGUCAACUAAAAUGUCAAUUUGUAAGUAACAGUCAAAGAAGUUGAAAGUUCUUGUUUCCUCUUUUUCUGUCAUCCGUUGUGUUGUGCGGAAUAAUUUUACAAUGGCAAAACGCACGAAGAAGGUUGGAAUUACCGGUAAAUAUGGCACUCGUUAUGGUGCCUCUCUGCGUAAGAUGGUAAAAAAAAUGGAAGUAACACAACACUCCAAAUACACAUGCUCCUUCUGUGGUAAGGAUGCCAUGAAACGCAGCUGUGUUGGAAUUUGGUCAUGCAAAAGGUGUAAGAGAACCAUCGCUGGUGGUGCGUGGGUGUUUUCAACUACUGCUGCCUCAUCAUGCCGUUCUGCAGUGAGACGGUUACGUGAAGUCAAGUAAAUAGUAGUAUAAGGAAAUAAAUUAAUUACAAAAA